AUGAGCAACAAUAUUGUUAUUUUUGGGGGUGAUUCGCAUCCUGAAUUAGUUAAUCGAAUUUGUGAAAAUCUGGAUAUUAAGCCAUCUCAAGUAGAAUUAGGUAAGUUUGCUAAUGGUGAAACAAGUAUCAGUGUUCGUUCUUCUGUACGUGAAAAGGAUGUAUAUGUGAUCCAAAGUGGCUGUGGUCAUGUUAAUGACACAUUUAUGCAAUUACUGAUUUUAAUCAGUGCGUGCAAGUCUGCAUCUGCAUCUAGAGUCACUGCGGUGAUGCCUUAUUUAUGUUAUUCUAGACAACCAGAUAUUCCAUAUACAGCUAAGGGUGCACCUUUAGUCUCUAAACCAAGAAAUUCACUUUCCAGCACAUCGAAGACCAAUGAUGAAAACACAACUACGAAUCAGUCAAAAAUUUUGCACAAUGGAGUUCUUCAAAGUACAAAUACGGUUAACAGACCAGGUUCUGAGUUUCCAUUCAAAUCCUUGGAUAAUGCUAUACGAUCCAGUAUUCAAAUGGAACAGCCAGUCCCUGUUAGAGAACCAAAAUUGGCGAAGACAUCAUCCAUGUCGAGAAUUCCAGUGAUUCCAGAUGGCAGAAUAUCUCGUGGUGCCAAUAAUGAUGCAGAAGAAUUAUUUAAUGCACAGAAUUCAGGUUAUAAACUAUGGGUAGUACAGGCAGGUACUCUGAUUGCUAAUUUAUUGACAACAGCAGGUGCGGACCAUGUUAUUACAAUGGAUUUGCACGAUAGACAAUUUCCCGGGUUUUUUACUGUUCCUGUGGAUAAUUUAUAUUGUAAACCAAUGGCCCAAAACUAUAUUCAGCAUUUCAUUCCUGGGUAUAAGGACGCAGUGAUUGUUUCUCCAGAUGCAGGUGGUGCUAAAAGAGCGACUGCAAUUGCAGAUGCAUUAGAAUUAUCUGUUGCAAUUAUUCAUAAGGAGAAAAGAUCACAAUUGCCUAAGGGUCCACCAGAUGCUACUUUAACCAGUGGUGUCUCGUUGUCUUCUAAACCAUUAAUUUCUCAUAAUUCUGUCGAUGAUACCAUAAAUAGUAAUAGCAACCAGGUUCCAGUGUUAUCAGCAAAUGGAGUAGCUACAGAAUUUGCUAAUUCUAAUGCAAAAUCAUCUAAGUAUAUCCAGACUACUAUGUUAGUUGGUGAUGUUAGAAACAAGGUAUGUAUUUUGAUAGAUGAUUUGAUUGACACCUCUUAUACAAUUACUCGUGCAGCACAAUUAUUGAAAGAUCAAGGUGCGACCAAGAUUUAUGCAUUAGCUACACAUGGUAUCUUUUCAGGCGAUGCAUUAGACCGUAUUAAAUUAAGUCCUAUUGACAAGAUUAUUGUCUCAAACACCAUUCCUCAAGAACGCACAAUCAAGAAAUUAGGUAAACACAGAGUUGGCAUUAUCGAUGUUUCGUUAGUGUUCGCUGAAGCCAUAAGAAGAAUUCAUAAUGGUGAAUCCAUUUCGAUGUUAUUUGAGUAUGGGUUUUAA